AUGGAAAAGGGUGGCGCCCAAGCACCAGUAAAUUGUGAUCUGUGCGAAUCGGAUUCAGUUGCUAACUGGAAAUGCACGGACUGCCAACAGAAAUUAUGUGAUCCGUGUCACAAUUACCACCUAAAGCUCGCCGGGACCAAGCACCAUAACAUCGUCUCUCUGGCGGCGUCCUAUUCUCAAGGUGAAGGUCAAAACAUCGCCCUCGAUGAGAAGGCGGGAAAUACAACUGCGAUCGCAGGCGGGACGAAACAUCCUAAAAUUAAGGAAAUUAUGGAACAGGUAGAUAAAAAGGAGAACGAAUUGUCUUCGUUCGAUCUCGUUGUUCAGGAGUGUCAAGAUUUUCAUAAUAGAUACGACAAAGCAAUAAUCGAAAACAAAGCUGAAAUUUCGGAGAUAAGUAAGAAACUGAAGGAAGACAUCGACCGUAUGGAAAAAGAAAUGCUACAGACUGUUGACGACAAAUCGAAACCCGACAAAACUGCCAUUGAACAAAUGAUUAAGAAUAAUCAAGAGACCAAAGAGAAGCAUAUAAAACAGUUAAGAUAUAUCAAGCGACUGUUAACUACUCUAGAGGAUGCUGAUGAUGAUUCGACCGUCGAACAAUUUGCCAAAGACACCCUUCCAAAACUUGCUGCAAUGAACAUACCUAGCUUUUCAGUCGACGGUCUCCCGAAGCCGUUGAAGCUGAGAGCUGGAAAAGAAAGUCUGCAGUCCGUGUUUGGAACGCUGGUCGAAGACAGUAGAUUUGGUUCUGGUCAGAUGAAAACGUACAGAAAUGAGCUGAAGUUUGAGCUAAAAUUUAAGCCGGAGAAAGGCAAAUCCAGUAUCUACAGCAUACAGAUCCGACCGGACGGCAAAGCUUGGGUCACAACCUAUAACUACCGGGUCUAUUUAGUUCUGAGGUCUGGACAUAUUCACGAUGAAUUCGUUGUAAAAUUUUUGCCCACUUACACCACUGUAAAUCGCUAUGGCACUCUGUACUGUUCCAGUGCCAGGCCUGAACUGCACAUCAUCAAGCCGGACCAUACUAUAACCGAAUUUGAGAAUUUGGCCCCCUAUAGCACCUAUGGUCUACAUACGAACGCUGAAGACCAGCUUUUUGUUUGCUUGCAGAAGAGCGACUCUCCCGGAAAAAUUGCGGUUUUUGCCGACAACGGGAUGCUUUUGAAGGAGAUCUGCUUUGAUUUUGCUGGGCAGCCGAUGUUUUCGGUCCCGAGGUAUGUCACGGUGACGUCCAAAGGUCACAUCUGCGUGGUGGAUGACAAACAGUUGGUAGUGGUCGACCCGUCCGGAAAAUCGAGUUCACGUACUAAACCAGAAGAGGACUGGGAAGGGAAGUCUAUCAUUACAGAUAUGAACGACAAUCUCUUGACCGCUGUUUGUCCGCUAGAGUUUGGUCCUCUCCCUAUACACGUAACAAGCGUGGACGGAAGAGUCGUCAAGCGUUUCACCGUUGAAGGCCCCGGGAUAUCCGGCAUUAAUGCAUUAGCUAUUGACCAGCAGUACGAGGAACCAGUUCUUUGGAUUGGUACCCCAAAUGGUCACGUAAUAAUAGCAAAGUUUCUUGAUAUGUAG